AUGGCACAACCAGAUCUAAAACUCAUAACGACAGCACUCGCGGCCCCUCCGUUCUCCAGGACUUACAGCGUCAUCCAGCUUCACGAUGAAGUACCCGUCAUUCAGCUCAUGCAACUCAUUGCAGAUGCAAUGGCCGCCAUUGAUGAAGGCAGUCCGUUGAAAGGUGCGGCUCCGCUCGAUAUGCAGAACGAGGUGCCGGAGGAAGCCGUAGGGAAGAUUGCAAACUUUCUCCUGCUUCUGAAGUGGAAGGAUAUCGGUGACAUAGAAACGUUAUGUCAGAAACUAUUAGACGGCGAUCGCACGACCAUCCUCCGGAUCCUUCAUUUCCUGCUAAAAGACCUCAACCUCCACAAAAAGCGCGCCUAUCUGGCUCCUUUUCUCGGUGCAAUUGAUAUUCCGGCCGAGUUCAGCCACGACCCAGCAACUGCAGAGCUACUCCGACAGGUGGAAGAGCUGCAGGAGCAGUUUAAGGAGGUUCAUAAGACGGUGGAUGGGAUUAGGGGAGCGGGAACAAAUGCGGCGACUGUGAAGAAAGAGAUCCAGCAACUGGAGGACGAAAAGCAGCAGGUGCACAGCAAAAUCACCAACCUGCGGAAGAGAGUUGAGGAUAUCCCAGAACAUGAGCAAUGGCUGGAUGCAGCGAAAAAGCUGCGGGUGGAACAGCAGGAGGACUACCAGAUUGCUGAGAGGAUAAAAGAACAGAGAAGCCAGAUCCAACAGGCCGAAUCGCGCUUAGCACAGGCACAACAGGAACUCAGAGAUGCUAGGAAUGCAGGAGCAAGCGGCGGGCCGGAAGCCCUGUUUGCCAAGAUGGAAGAGGACAACAAGAUGAACAAGUAUCUAGCGACGGAGAAUUUGCCAAAGCAACUGGAAGACGCCCGGCAGCACUACCAACAACUUCAAAAAGUCCUCACCGAACCCACACUAGGUCCGCAUGAACUAGGCGAACUGGAAUCCGAAAUCAAGAAUUUGAACGAAACCAUCGCUAAACUGGCCGAGCAACGGCUGGCAAAAACUACCAAAGGCGACGAUAAGCUGAGCCUGUUCCGCCAACAAGCCGCCAUCAUCCUUCGCAAGAAGGAAGGAACGACGGUGCGGUUGAGCGCUGUUACGGAGGAGGUCAACAAGCUAACUGCAGAACUUGAGAAGAAGAAGGAGGCGUCCGAGGCCCAGGGGACCAAAAUGCCAAAAGGAGAAGAGUUCAGAAAGUACGUAACGGAUCUCCGCACAAAGUCGACAGUGUACAAGAAGAAGAAGGGGGAUAUAUCCGCUAUCACGGCCGAGUUUGGGAUCUUGCAGAGGACGGAGGAGAUCUUGAUGAACAAGCAGAAAGGGAUGGAAGACUCCCUCACAGCGCUUGAGAAACGGCAUGGGGUUGCUGGGUAUCACGCAGCGCAGGAGACCUUAGAGAAGGUAUCCGAGCGCAAAGCAGAAGUCGACGAAGCCAAAGGUCGCACGCUCGAGGAGAUAUCGGCAAUCAUAACGAAGCUUACGAAUGACAUCAAUGACAAGAAGACCGUCUUGGCACCAGUGAUACAGGAGCUCCGCACGCUCCGGCAAGAAUCGCAAGAGCUGGAGAGCGACUACACGGAGAAGAAGCGGCUGUACGAUGCUACCAUGGUCGGGCUCGAGAGCGAAUCCCACUCCCUCUCCACAACCCUCAAAACCCUCCACUCCGACAUCCACCUCACCACCUCGCGCUACCACUACCUGCACAUGCACACCUCCCUCCUCGACACCUCGCUUGACCGCGUGAUGCAGGAGAUGAAAUCGUACAUCGGCGGCGACGAGCAGCUCGAGCAGACGCAGAAACAUCGCGGGUUUAAGACGUGGAGGGAGAUGUAUGGGAAGAGGGUUGCGGAGGGGGAGACGUUGGGAAGGGCGUUGAGAGAGCAGCAGAGGGAGGUUAAGGCAAAGCAUGAGCCAAACGUGAAGCAGCUGGCCAUGUUUCAGGAUAUCAAGAAGCUAUUGGCGUUGAAGAUCGCGCACAACAAGAAGGUGCUGGGUGGAGAGUUCAAGAAGGAUCAGCCUAUGCGCCAUGUUACGCAAGACCGAUUGGUGUUGUGA